AUGUUCAGUAUGGGAAAAACUUGGAGAUGGAAAAAUUCUCCGGCUCAACCUGGUAAAGCUUAUCAUCCAACGACUGUGGAACAUUUAGCUAAUUGCAUAUCACAUGUUCCAUGUGUUCCACUUGGCGUUGCUGGUAUGAUUAAACUGUGUUCAAAGGCAGAUACAUAUUCUAAAUCAGUGGCGGCAAUCGUUUAUGGCCUUGCCAUCGUCUCACUCUUCUUUGCAUCCUCUGUCUUUCAUUUGUUCUCUUUGUUCUAUAUUAAUGGGCGUUUACGUUCUACACUUCAACUAUGUGACAGAAUUGUUAUAUGUUUGUUUAUAGCAGCCUCAUAUACUCCAUGGCUGUUAUUACGUGAUUUCCAUGCAUCAUGGGGUCUAACUACACUGUGGUCUGUAUGGAUUGCAGCAAUUUUCGGUGGUGCAUUCCAAUAUGUUUAUCUAGAUAGAUUUAAAUCUGUUGAACUGAUGAUCUAUUUAGCAAUUUCCAUUUGUCCAGCUUAUAGUUUCAUUUACAUGCAUGAACGAUCUGGUUUACCAUUAUUAUUUACUGGGGCAUUUGUUUAUUUAUCUGGUGUGAUAUUUUUCAAAUUAGAUGGUCAUAUCCCAUUGGCACAUGCAAUAUGGCAUUGUUGUGUAUUUAUUGCAACAUUUUUACAAUUCAAUGCUGUGGAUACAUUUUUAAUAACCAACUAG